AUGACUGUUGAGGAUUGGAAGAAUGUGGUAUGGUCUGAUGAGACAAAGAUCAACUUCUUUGGACCAGAUGGUAAGCAGUUCUGUUGGAUUAAGAAUGCUGGCUUCAACAGCAAGCUUGUCAGGCCAAUGGUCAAGUUCAGCAGCAGCUCCAUCAUGAUCUGGGGCUGUAUGACAUGGGAAGGGGUGGGAGGUAUGCACUUGGUGCUGGGUUCAAUGAAUUCAGACCAAUACAUUGAUAUCUUGAAUGACAAGCUUUUAAAAACAAUCUCAGAUUUGUGGCUUCAGCAUGCAUACACUGACAUCACAUUUCAGCAAGACAAUGACCCGAAACACAUGUCAAAGAAGACAAUAACAUGGUUGGAAAGUAAUAGCAUUAAGGUUAUGCAAUGGCCAGCACAGUCACCAGACUUAAACCCAAUUGAACACCUCUGGCACCAUCUCAAAAUGCAACUUUCACAGUGUAGUACAAUUGCAAAGUCCAGGGAUGAACUGCUCAAGAGGUGUGAAGCUGAAUGGAAAGCAAUCACUCCAGAGACAUGUAGAAUGCUAAUAGAGAGCAUGCCAGACUGCAUCAAGGUGGUUCUGAAGGCCAAAGGAGGGAAUACAAAGUACUAA